AUGGCACAGGAGGUCAUGAGAGCUGUUCCGGGCGGAGUUCUCCAUGAUAUCAAAUACUCAAGUUCAGCCGAGUACAUGAGAACACCCAAAGAAGGAGCGCAAACCGGCCUCACAUAUCUCAAAGAACAUGCCAAAAAGUGCCCAAGGAUGGUUUUCGUCUUGAUGGGUUACUCCAAAGGGGCGAUGGUCGCGACUCAGAUUCUAGCCUCCAAGGACUUACCAGCCGGUAAAGUUGUGGCCGUAGUACUCUUUGGAAAUCCAUACUAUAAAGGCGGCCUCCCACAGAACAAGUGUAGCGCGAAAACUGGAAGAGGAAUUGCAACGCCCGUGAUGGUCACCGCACCACAAGCAUACGCCUCGAUCAUUUGGGAUUGCUGUAAUACCGGUGACAUGAUCUGUUAUGGGGGGGCCAAUAUGGGGCCCCAUUUGCAGUACGGAGGUAAAAAGGACGAAGCAAAAGCGUUUAUCAUCAGUAAGUUGAAAGCAGUGUCGGCAGGAGGCGGAUCCGGAGGACUUAAAGAUACCACGAAAGAGACCGAGAGCGAUACCGGGGCCGGGGAGUCAACCGGUGGCGGGUUAGGUGGUGGCGGGUUAGGCGGUGCCGGGUUAGGCGGUGCCGGGUUAGGCGGUGCCGGGUUAGGUGGUGGCGGGUUAGGUGGUGGCGGGAUUCUCUCCAUAUUUGGCGGCGGGUCGAGGUCCGGUGGGGGGAUGGGCGGCGGCGGGUCGAGACCCGGUGGGAAGGCACCGAAGUUCGGGGGGAUGGGAAAGCUCGGGUCGCCGGACUAA